CUCAGCAACAGUGGUAAGCAAGAUCAUGAGAUUCACCACAGAACCAGAAGAUGCCACAGACUUACCAAAGAAGUUCACCUUCAACCCAAAAGAAGGGAUUGACAACCCAGCCUUAGUGAUCUCAGAUGACACAGAGCCUGAUGUGCGUCCACGGCUGUGUGCUCUCAAACGGGAGCAAGGUCAGUGUCUUGGUUUCUAUCUGAGUAAGGACGCUGGCUGCAGGGGACAUGUGGUGCGGCAGGUGGAGCCUUGGAGCUGCGCUGAGCGCGGCGGGCUGAGAGAGGGGGACCGUGUUUUGGAGGUCAAUGAGAACUUUGUGGAUGACAAGGAUCACUUGACUGUGGUACUGAAGAUCCAGGCAUCUGGGCUUCAGCUGUAUCUGUUAGUGCUGAGUGCUCAGGAUUAUGGGAUUGCUGUAUCAGAGGGCAGAGAUCUCUUGUCGAUCGCAAGGGCUCAAUCUGGAGAAGGCUGUUCUCGCCCGCGGUUAUGUCACAUCACUAAAGAACCUGGCUAUGGUUUGGGCCUCGGCAUCAUCCCUGUCGAAGGUAAACGAGGCUGCUAUCGUCUUAGUCCAGUAAAUCAAGGACCCGCGGAGAGAGCAGGAAUAAAGAAUGGAGACAUGCUUAUCUGGAUCAAUGGAGCUAUGGUCUCUUCACUCACACAUGGAGCUUUGUCAAAGAUGGUGAAGAAAUGUGAAAACCAUGUGACCGUCUUGGCAAUUGAUAGCAGGAGUGAAGAGAACUACGUUCGAAGGAGAUUACCCAUAAUUCCUGCUUUUGCCAAAACACAUAAUCUACUUUAUAUGCCCAAAACACUGCAUCUGGCUCAAGGACUGCAGAGCUUUGGGUUCCUGUUAAGGCAAGAGAAGUUACGACCUGGAUGUUUGGCUCACAUGCUACGUGAAAUCGACCCCGGCAGUCCAGCUGAGACAGCAGGAAUGGAGGAUGGAGAGCUUCUCCUCGCUGUAAACGGAGAGCAGGUGGAGGAUGCAGAGCAUGAGGACAUCGUCAGCAAAAUACGGCAAAGCGGCCAGCAGGUCACUUUCACCACCAUCUCCGUUCCUGGCAGAAACUACUACACACAGCUUGGCAUUUCUCCACUGCUGUUUUAUGAAGACCACAUUCCAAAAAGAGAACGGUUCUCCCAACCUCCUCUGCAAAAUGAACAGGCACGUGCUAACCCACAGUGUCCUCGACUUUGUGUGCUCCAUAAGGAGAGCACAGGAUUUGGCUUCAACUUGGGCUGCGUUCAGAAUAGGCCUGGAGCUUUCAUCAGUCAGGUGGCAAAUGGGAGCACUGGAGAGAGAGCUGGACUGUGUGAGGGAGAUGUGGUUGUAGAGGUUAAUGGACAGAAUGUGGAGGAAGAAUAUUUUGAUGAAGUGGUGAAGAUGAUAAAAGAGGGAGGAACUACUCUCAAGCUUUUAGUUGUGGAGGGUCAACAGUAUGAGAGACUGAGGAACAUCAGACAGACGACAAGUUCUGGACUCAUUCCUCAAAAUAUAGAGGCUCUGGAUUUCUCACAACACAAAUUCUUAUGAUAAAAUCCAAUCUGGUAUGGAGAACAAAUGCUUUAUCAACAGAAUGGCUGUGAAGUAAUUCUGCUACAUACACCAGAAAAUUAGCCUUUUUAUUCUCAUUCAUGGACCACAGAUAUUACAAAAAAUAAUGAAGAUAAAUGAACGAAACAGCGUAUUUUAAACAUAUAUACACAUUUCAAAAUGUAUGCUUUGAAACUGGCUGUUAUUAUUUAAUACUACCAUAAGACUUAAGUAAGUACUAAUUUGAUACAAAGACUAUAUGUGACCCUGGACCACAAAACCAGUCAUAUUAAGCAUGGGUAUAUUUGUAGCAGUAGCCAACAAAAACAUUGUAUGGGUCAAAUUAUCGAUUGUUCUUUUAUGCCAAUGUAGUGGAGUAGGCGGGGCAAGACCGUGGUUCGAGACCGGUGAGUAAUUGUUAAUGAGCGCCAGCUGUCUCGAAUCACGGUCAAAAAUCAAGGAUAUUAAGUAAAUAUCAUGUUCCAUGAAGUUAUUAGGUAAAUCUGUAAAUAUAUAAAAACUUUGAAACAAACAAGGUGUCCACAUAAAAAGGGCACCACAUCCCAAGAUACACAGAACUUCUUCCAAUACACUGAAAUCCCCACAGGUUUUGCAUAUCCAUCUCAGACAGCAUGCAACACUAGAGCACUUCAAGGCACACCCAUGAACUGGAUUUUACAAAUACCAUAUAUUUUAUGAACAUAGAAACUUCAUCUGCAUUUUGGUAUCCUUUGAAAAGUCUCAGUGCAAAUGGUACAAUGGUCUCAUUUCCACAGCAGUAGAUCAGAUCAUUACAUAGGUUUGAGGGUUUGAAGAUAUUCUGCUGACUGUUGAGGGUGUGCCUUCUUUUAAAUGCCCAUUUGUGGCAUGAUCAGUUUCAGGACAGAGUCAUUUACAAUGUAAAUUGUUGUUUUGUGGAGGAAGGGAAUUUUGGUCUGGGUAUUUAAGGGAAGCUGGGAAUUCUUAGUAAGAUGCACAGCACCAGCACAGAUGGUGCUGUGUUUUUUUCCAAUCUGAUCAUUUUCUACUGUCAGAUAUUCAUCUCGAGACUCGUAGACUAAUCUUUGAGAAUUUGAUGUUUUGUUUCGUACUCUCUGUAUUGAAUUGCCAAGAAACGUUUAACUGACUUAUAAAUUGUGACCCUGGAUCACAAAACCAGUCUUAAGUGGCACGGGAACGUAACCCCACGUUUUGUUUGGGUCAAAAUUAUAGAUUUUUCUUUUAUGCCAAAAAUCAUCAGGAUAUUAAGUAAAGAUCAUGUUCCAUGAAGAUAUUUUGUAAAUUUCCUACCUUAAACAUAUAAAAACUUUAUGGAGUCAGAUCAAAUUACGCAAUGUUAAAAUGUUAACUAUAACAACCCAGAGCGCUGGAAAGACGCAUGCCUUCGCCAUGCCACUUGGACUCCGCCAUUGUGCCAGUGUGUGGUUUGGGGUUCUUCUUCUCUCACUUUAUUCACCACCUCACAAUGGAUGCUUCAAAAUCGUGAACAAAAAAGCCGGAAACACGUCUACAAGGUUAUCUCGCUGCUGCCUGCACUUUGGGAAUUUCCCACUCAAGUUUGGUUUCUAUGCAAAAAUCUGAAUUUUUGCCUUCAGGUUCAUCUACUGUCCACAACAUUAUUAGAGGAGUGAGCCAAUAGAGCCAAAAGCCUGCUGUAGCACCUCUGAUGGACAACUUUUCUCAAUAUUUUUAUUUUUUUUGCACCCUCAGAUUCUAGAUGUUCAAAUAGUUGUAUC